AUGGUUUUCUGCAAUACUAGGUUGUUUCUUAAUUCCUUGAUCUGGGGUUCUGUUCUUAUACGUGUCUCUUUUGAGCUUCCUUCUCAAGAAUAUAUUUUAGGUCCUAAUCUGGACAAGUUCCCUUCAGAUGAAAGACAAGUCCAUGGAUUGUUCCCACUAUGGAGGAACUAUCAUGGAAAAAUCUACACAACUUUUGAAGAGGGAGAAGCUAGGUACCAGAUAUUCCAGAGGAAUUUAAAGCACAUUACAGAGACGAAUGCUAAGAGGUCAAACUCGUUCUCUGACCAUCGUUUGGGUCUCAACAAGUUUGCUGAUAUGAGUACUGAAGAGUUCAGAGACACGUACCUACACCAAAUAGAGAUGCCUUCUGCGGACGCGGUCGCCGCCAUCACGAGCUCAAGUAAACCGCAGAAGAAGAAGUUCUCUUGCGCAGCACCUCCUACCAUGGAUUGGAGAAAGAAAGGAGUUGUGACUCCAGUUAAAAACCAAAAGAACUGUGCCACGGGAGCGAUGGUAUCAAUAAAUGCAAUAAAGACAGGGAAACUUAUUUCUGUUUCAGAACAAGAACUCAUAGAUUGUGACCACAUAAGCCAAGGUUGUGUUUAUGGAUGGUCCUUUCGUGCAUUUGAGUGGGUUAUCACAAAUGGUGGGAUCAGUAAAGAAUCUGAUUAUCCUUACUUUGCUAAAAACGGUACCUGUAUUGCCAAAAGGCAUAAUGGACAUAGAGACGUGAAAAUUAAUGGGUAUACAAAAGUAGCCCCAACGGAAAAUGCUCUUCUGUGUGCCACCACUGAGCAGCCUAUUACUGUGUCUUUGAAUGCCACAGAUUUUCAAUUCUAUCAUAGUGGAAUUUAUGACGGUGACAGUUGCCCAAAGGAUUCAACCAAUACAAAUCAUAUUGCUCUGAUAGUUGGAUAUGAUUCAAAAGAUGGCAAAGAUUAUUGGAUCGUGAAGAACUCGUGGGGAGAAGAUUGGGGAAUGAAAGGCUAUAUUUUUCUCCAAAGAAACACAAAGUUACCACGUGGAGUUUGCUCCAUAAAUGCCUGGGCUUACCAUCCAAACAAAAAUUAG